CAGGCAGUCUGUCGGUGGAUUUACAAGCGAGCGGACAGCUGCGCAGUGACACGCGCCAUCGAUCGCGCGCACGCGUCUAUUCACAAUUCAAAAAAAUACAAGUGUACCACAGGGGUGCGUUUUUGGAUCAGUGUUAUUCCUAAGUUAUUAAGUUCGCAGUUUGGAAAUUUACUCUCGUGAAAUAAAGUGGUCUUUGGUUGACUAACAGUUCGGAUGCUGUGUUUUACGAUAAGCAUUACUGUAACUUCGGAACAACAUUUGUCUCAACCAAAAAAGAUAUCAAGAUGACUCCAUCCCAUACGAAUUUGUACGAAUCUACGAACUAACGACAACGCAUUAUAAUCAAAAAAGAUUUAUUUAAAUUAAAUUUCAACAAAAUACAGAAAAGUGCUAAUGUGAUUUGUAAUUCAAUUAAAUAAAUAAAUAUUACUUGUUUAACAAAAGAGAUGAGAGAAUUUUAGAGAUAAAAGUGAACCUCUUACGUUAUUACGAGACUAGUGACUACGUGAGAGAUAAGUGAAUUUAUGAAGAGAUAAGUGAUCUCGUGAAGAGACGAGUGGAUUUUUCUUUGUGAAACAUAGAAAAGAAAAGUGGUCUUAAUGUGUGAGAAGGCUCGGUUGGAUAAGAUGACCAACAUCACGCCGGAGACGCGGAUUAUGAUGAUGAGGAGCGUCGACGGCAGGAACUGCUAUAGGAGACAAAUUCUAGCAGCUCUAGCCGUCUCCCUCGGACCCUUCGCAGCGGGGCUCAGCAAAGGCUACAUGUCUCCAGCUAUCGCGUCCAUGCAGGAGUCCAGGCCUAACAAUGGAUCCUUCACGGUAGACGACCAGCAGGCCAGCUGGAUCGCUAGCUUGAGCUUCUUGGGUGCUCUUGUAGGCGGCAUCCUGGGUGGCAUGGCGAUGCAACUGGGUCGCCGCACCAUCUUGUUAGCAGCAGCUCUGCCCUACACCCUGGCGUGGCUGGCAACCUCGCUCUCCACCAGUGUCGACAUGAUCGCCGCCAUCUCCUUCUGUGGAGGAAUGCUUGUCUGCUGCAUCACUAUGAUCACUCAGGUCUACGUAACAGAAAUCGCACUACCAGAAAUCCGAGGUUGCCUGAGUUCAGUUCUCAAGAUCCUGAACCAGAUCGGAAUCCUUAUAUCCUUCUCCGUUGGAGCCUACCUAAACUGGUACCACCUCGCCUUGGUCGUUGCCACUGCUCCCGUUCUACUAUUCUUCGCUCUCCUCUUCAUUCCUGAGACUCCAUCCUCUCUUCUCCUGAGAGGAAAGGAGGAGAAAGCGGCUGAAGCGCUGCAAUGGCUUCGGGGACCUGAAGCCGACAUCAGACAAGAACUGGCUACAAUCAGGACAAACAUCUUGGCCAGCAAGCAGUAUCAUGACGGCAAAACCAGCAAGCUUAAAGUUCUCUUCUCUAAGAGAUUGACAAGACCAGUUUUGAUCACUUGCGGACUUAUGUUCUUCCAGAAAUUCACUGGAGCUCAUGUCUUCAACUUCUACGCUGUACCACUUUUCAAGAAGACAUUUAAAAUGAUGAACCCUCAUGGAGGCGCUAUAGCUACCAGUGUAGUCCAGUUAUUGGCCUCAUGCCUAUCAGGAAUGCUUAUAGACCACGUAGGAAGGUUACCUCUACUCCUUGUUAGCGGAGUCAUGAUGUCUAUCGCUUUAGCUGGCUUUGGUUCUUACCUCUACUACGACGAUGUCUUUCGAAACACUUCAGACAUCGCCAAUACAGACGUAGGUGCUUACGAUUGGAUCCCUUUAAUCUGUGUAUUGACGUUCACCAUAGCCUUUUCUCUAGGCAUCAGUCCUAUAUCUUCUCUUUUGAUAGGAGAAUUGUUCCCUUUGGAAUACAGAAGUACUGGUAGUGCCUUAGCGACGUCAUUCAGCCAUUUGUGUGGGUUCUUAAACGUGAAAACAAAAGCUGACUUCCAGGGACUAAUAGGAUUAUAUGGAUUAUUCUGGCUUUAUGCUGGAAUAUCAGUACUAGGUUUAUUAUUCGUAGUCCUAUUCGUACCUGAGACUAAAGGCAGGGAAAUAGACGAAAUGGACCCGAGAUACGUCGAGUCUUUGUGCAUUAAUCGAUAGUAUUAACAAGUUUUAAUUUAGGCUUAAAAUUUUAGACGUGAAGUCAGCGUGUGUUGUAGAGUAGACGAGAAUGUUGAGCUUAAUUGAUGACGUGAUCACCGUUGAUGAAAUGAUCGUUGUUGAUGAUGUGGUCAUCACUGAUAACGUGGUUAGUGGUCACCAUUGAUAACGUAGUCAUCACUGAUGAUCAUUGUUUAUAAUAUGUUACUGUGAUGAUUAUAAGAUAGGUCGUUGUAGAAGCUCCUUUCAAUGUUGAUAGUUUUAUGAAUUCAACGUUGAGUGCCUUAGUAUGUCUUCCUUCAGUAUUAUAGUUGCAUUAUUAAGUAUCUUCCCACACUUUCUUUUCAUCACAAAUGACGAUCUGAAUUUCACAGCAAUUGUGAAAUUACUUACUUUAGAUUUUAAUAGAUAUGGACAUGUAUUUUGUGUCUUACUUUUAUCAGGUAUUAUAAUAGCAGCCAGACUAAAAUAUAAGAUUUUAAGCAGUUUUCGUGUAGUUGACAAAACAUCAGUACUUAAUCAGUAACUAUCAGUACUAUAGAGAAGCAGAGGACAGGAGUCCUAGUACGGCUUUGAAAUAGACUACUCUGGCGCCAUCCCACUCGCGUCAGACAGAGUAGCGGAAGGUAAGAGGAAAACCACUGCCCUAUUUUUCCCUAAAAAAGUAGCAUGGAGAAUGCUACACCGACAAGAGCGUGGCUUUUAAGUUAGUGUCAGAUAAACAAGCAACGAAAUUAGUUUCUAAAAAAUAAUUUAUAUAAUACGACCUAGUUCUUCUGAGUAGAACUGUUAUUAUCAUUUAGUGUUAAAGAAAUGCGGAUCAAAACCGUAUGCAAAUCUUUUCAGUGCUUAUUGAGAUCUUGUCAUUUUUGCCAUGCAGAAAUUCAAAGACCUACUUAUUGAUGAUGGUUGGAACUGACAAAAAGCAAAUUAAAUGGAGUUCUUCUUCAAUUCUGACUGAUGUGUUCUACCAACUGUACGUUAACUGCAUAAAACGGUAACAGUAUACAGCCAUUUUUUUUCGGCAGCUAAUUUUUCUUCUUUGACCUUUUUCCAUACAAAAUAUGUAGGCAUCUUUUCUUAUGAUAUUAUUGUAAAUAUGUUGUUGAUAGAGAAUAAGACUUGUCUGUAUUAUGAUCACUGUCUUGAUUAUAAAUAAAUUCCUAAAAUAAGUAUGUAUGGCUGCAUAACGAUUGCAAUUUACGCGUAAGGAAACAAUAUUUGACAAGAAUUUUCAAAUAUAUUUUGAAUCACAAUGGUGCCAGUGACAGAGAUAAUAAUAAAUACUAUAAAAUAUAUAUUUUAUUUUUUAUUAUGCAGAAUAUAAACAUUAUAUUGGUUAAUAACCAUUAAAAUACAUGGCCAAAAUUAAAUAUUGUAUAGAAAAAAAAAUCUUAAACCUUUUGGUGCUAAAAAGGUGCCUUAAAUGUUUUCUAAAAGUAUACAAAAUAUAUUAUAUUAAAACCUUGUUAUACCUAGUGAAUGUUAUGUAUAUACAUACAGUAUUAAGUUUGUAUAUAGAUUAAAAAGUUGUAUGGAAGACUUUAAUGAAUUUAUUUAAUAAAAUAAAACGUUACAAAAUAUUCAUGUGUUGCCAUACGAAUUAGGAUUUAGGUAUAAAUUUAAAUAUUUGUAUUUUAAUGUACUUAAAACAGUUCGAAUUUAAGGUGUUUUAAAUAAACUGUGAAAUUGUA